AUGUGGUUUUCCUUUUCACUUUUGGUGUUAGGGAGUUUUGCACCAUUUCUGAAUGCCGCUAAUGUGAAUACUGGUGCCAUUUUAGGUUGUGCACCACAAAAUAUGUCCCCAGGAUUUACUGUUGAAUUUUAUGAUUACCCGUUACCUUACCCAGGAGGUAAUCCACAUGGCGGUGCUUGCUACAACCCAGCUUAUCAACAAAAUAGUUUUCUUUUCGAUGGCAGGUAUCAGCAUUUGGGCAAUGGGUUGAUUGGUACUUCCACAGGUGUAGUUGAUCUUUCUUUCGCGACAACAUUUAAUCACGCUUGUAGGGUAAAUGAGGGGACUAUGCCACCAAACUAUAAUUUCGAUAAGCAGUUUGCCACUACCAACUUUAGUAUGCUGAUCAGUGGGUACCUCAAAGCUCCCAAAACUGGCCAGUAUCUUUUUAAUCUGGAUUAUGUUGACGACUUAGUUUAUGUUAAUCUGGGGUCUGGAAACGCUUUCGACUGCUGCCAAAGGGAGAGCACUGUUGCAUAUCCAGGUGCUUUUGUUCUCCGUGCCCAAUGGUCUGGCUCAAACCCAACUGCCCAAACGGUUUCCAUUGAUUUGGUCGGGGGAGUAUACUACCCAAUAAGAAUCUUUUACGUUAACAGAGAUAAUCUUGGGGCCCUAAAACUGACAAUAACAGAUGCAGACGGUGUCCACCAUAACGAUUGGUCUGGUUUCGUAUUUAGUGGAGGUGAUUUGCCAAGUGCCCAGAAGUGUGAUGUACUACCAAUUACUUCAACAAUGGGCUGGCCGCAAACGUUUACCUCCACCUACACAACGGUUUCUACGUACUCUAACUCAGUCGGAUCUCUCACCACAGGUGACGUUAUUGUUAUUGAAACACCAAUCCCACCUAUCAGUACGACUACCACUACAGCUUGGGGUGGAAGUUAUACUACUACCUAUUCUACAACGACAACACAAACUAUUGGGAAAGAUGGCUCAACAACACCAGUAGUUAUCUACUACGUUGAGACUCCUCAGUCCCACGGCAUCUCUACCACCUACACCCCAUGGACUGGCACUUUCAGCUCUACUUACGCUACUGCCACGACCACUGUCAGAGGUUCUGAUGGUGUUGACACUGUGAGCACGAUAUACUACGUCGAGACUCCUCAGUCUCACGGCAUCUCUACCACCUACACGCCAUGGAGUGGCACAUUCGCGUCGACGUAUGCUACUGCCACAACCACUGUCAGAGGUUCCGACGGUGUUGACACUGUGAGCACGAUAUACUACGUCGAGACUCCUCAGUCCCACAGCAUCUCUACCACCUACACCCCAUGGACUGGCACUUUCAGCUCUACUUACGCUACUGUCACGACCACUGUCAGAGGUUCUGAUGGUGUUGACACUGUGAGCACGAUAUACUACGUCGAGACUCCUCAGUCUCACGGCAUCUCUACCACUUACACCCGAUGGAACGGCACAUUCGCGUCGACGUAUGCUACUGCAUCCUCGGGUCCAUCUUCUACGCCUAGUGGAGCAUCGAAUGUUCCUUCAGGUUCAACCACUGCCCAAGGUGCCAGCGAGGUGAUAAGAACUGGAGCAUCUUCUGCCCCAUCUUCUAAGCCAAGCGGAGCAUCCUCAGUUCCAUCUUCUGCACCAAGUGGAGCAUCGAAUGUUCAUUCUGGCUCAACCAGUGGCCAAGGUGCCAGCGAUGUUACAAGAACUGGAGCAUCCUCUGGAGCAACCUCUGGUGCAUCUUCCAAGCCAAGCGGCCCAUCAUCUGGAGCAGUCUCUGGUACAUCUUCCAAGCCAAGUGGCCCAUCCGCUGGAGCAUCUUCCGCUCCAACCUCCAAGCCAAGUGGAGCAUCCUCUGGAGCAACCUCUGGUGCAUCUUCCAAGCCAAGCGGCCCAUCCGCUGGAGCAUCUUCCGCUCCAACCUCCAAGCCAAGUGGAGCAUCCUCUGGAGCAACCUCUGGUGCAUCUUCCAAGCCAAGCGGCCCAUCCGCUGGAGCAUCUUCCGCUCCAACCUCCAAGCCAAGUGGAGCAUCCUCUGGAGCAACCUCUGGUGCAUCUUCCAAGCCAAGCGGCCCAUCCGCUGGAGCAUCUUCCGCUCCAACCUCCAAGCCAAGUGGAGCAUCCUCUGGAGCAACCUCUGGUGCAUCUUCCAAGCCAAGCGGCCCAUCCGCUGGAGCAUCUUCCGCUCCAACCUCCAAGCCAAGUGGAGCAUCCUCUGGAGCAACCUCUGGUGCAUCUUCCAAGCCAAGCGGCCCAUCAUCUGGAGCAGUCUCUGGUACAUCUUCCAAGCCAAGUGGCCCAUCCGCUGGAGCAUCUUCCGCUCCAACCUCCAAGCCAAGCGGCCCAUCAUCUGGAGCAUCUUCCGCUCCAACCUUCAAGCCAAGUGGAGCAUCCUCUGGAGCAACCUCUGGUGCAUCUUCCAAACCAAGCGGCCCAUCAUCUGGAGCAGUCUCUGGUACAUCUUCCAAGCCAAGUGGAGCAUCCUCUGGCGCAGCCUCAAGUGUAUCUUCUGCGCCAAGUGGAAGAUCCAAUGUUCCUUCCGGCUCAACCAGUGACCAAGGUGCCAGCGAUGUUACAAGAACUGGAGCAUCUUCUACGCUAACUGCUAAAGUGUCUUACGGUGUUUCCACCACCUACACCCCAUGGAAUGGUCCUUUCACCUCUACUUACGCUACUGCCAUGACCACUGUCAAAGGGUCUGAUGGUAUUGAUACUGUUAGCACCAUCUACUACGUUGAGACCCCACAAGCUAACGGUGUUACCACCACCUACACGCCAUGGACUGGCACUUUCAGCUCUACUUACGCUACUGCCACAACCACUGUGAAGGGUUCCGACGGUCUCGACACUGUCAGCACCAUCUACUACGUUGAGACCCCACAAGCUAACGGUGUUUCUACCAUUUACACCCCAUGGAACGGUCCUUUCACCUCUACUUACGCUACUGCCACAACCACUGUCAGAGGUUCCGACGGUGUUGACACUGUGAGCACCAUAUACUACGUCGAGACUCCUCAGUCUCACGGCAUCUCUACCACUUACACGCCCUGGACUGGUGCUUUUACCUCCACCUUUUCCACCCAGAUAACUCAAACUGUCGGGACCGAUGGCUCUACCACCCAAGAAACAAUCUAUCACGUCGAGACUCCAUCGUUCUGGCACUAUGGAAAUACCACUAGUGAAGUGACCAGUUUUCCUGCCAGCCCAAUAACCGAGACGACUUAUUACUCGACCAGAGGGCACGAUACAAGCAGUGGAAUCCAAUUGUUAUCAACAAUCACAAUGACUUCCAACGGCGUCACCACCAUCUAUACCACCACAUGUCCUGAAAGCGAAAUGUCUUCUAGAUCGCAAAGUUGGACAACUGUUACGACAACAUCCAACGGUGUCACCGCCAUCUAUUCCACCACAUGUCCUGAAAGUCAACUAUCUCGCCCAUCACAAACAUUCUCUACGAAAACACCAACCUUCAAUACAGUGACCGCUAUUUCCAGUACGGCCGUUCCAGGAAACGACAAGACUGAUGAUAUUAAUACCCAAACUAGUGACAAACAUGCUUCUACUAGUAUUCCAAGAGAAGAAACGACAGGUACAACCAAGACUGAAACUCAGGCAACCUCUUUGACCACAGUUGCUCAAGAGGACUCUUCCGAAGCUGUAGCUUCCUCAACAGAGGUUGUUCCAUCAACUUUGACUUUCGUUCCUUUAAUUACGACUUCCAUGAUUGAGCAGGAGGUCUCAUCCAGUGCAUCAUAUGGUAGUAUAAGUAUUACUACUACUCAAGAGAGUUCUGUUUUUAUUAGUCCUUUUGUUGGUGGGGCUCCAGCAAGAGUUGUCAACUCCAUCUUAUUAUUCGUCGCUGCCUUACCUUUGGCCUUGUAG